AUGCGCAGCAGCAGCAGCAGGAAGAACAGCAGCGGGAACUGCAGCAACAGCAGCGGCAGCAGCAGCGGAACUCAAGAUGACAAGACCAGAGCUAUCAACACGUCAGCAGGAAGAGGCUGCGCACUGCAGCUGGCAGCAGCAGUGGGGAGUUUCGUCCCCUCUAUAAUUUUAUUUCAGGCCCAUCUGGGGCUCCUUGACGGCACUAGCGGCCCCGCUGGUCGUGCUGGGGAGGCGCUGCUGCACACAGACUUGCUGCUGAAUUUUGCGGUGUUGCUGCCGGUGGUGUUGCUGCUGCCCGCUGUUCUCUGUCCCUCAAUAUUCUAUUUGUUGCACUGCUCAAAGCGCCCCCCCCACCAUGGCCUGAAGGCAGCAACGGCCCCUCGACCUGCAGAGGAGAGCCGCUGGCGCUAUAGGGGGUUAUGGGUAGCUGCUGCUGCAGUGGCUAUUGCUGUUGCUGUUGCUGUUGCUGCGCUGAACACUUCGCCAGUGCUUCUUCCUCCCCUCGUAGACGUGCCUUUGGAGCAGCAGCAGCGAGAGGCUGAGGGUCGCCAGUCUGCUGCAACACGAAGUGAAGAAGGCGGCACAGAAGGAUCUGUCGUACCGUUGCUGCCCGCCUCAACAGAAGAAGAGCUUCGACAGCAGCAGACGCACUCCCAGUCGAAGGCACACCGUUCGCUCCUAGCUCUGCUGCCCUUCAGCCUUGGCCACUACAUUUUGCCUUCUCAGGGCUUCCCCUUCUCCCCAGAGAGGCCGCUACAGCUGCACUUUGUUCUUUUUAGACGCGCAAAAAUCACCGGCUUACCUUCACCCUCCAGCAGCAGCGACAGCAGCAAAAGAAACGACACAGACAAAGGCCAAGACCACGCAUCGUUCGCAACUGAUACAGAAGAAGCAGCAGCAGCAACAGCAGAAGCCGGAGCAGCAGCAUCGUCAAGUACCUCACGCUUUGCUCCUGAGUUGGAGCCUUUCUCUGUCACGCACUACACUCCUCCCCUCUUGCGCCACUCCACCCAAGGCGUUGCUGUGAUGGGUUUGGGGCCGCAAGUGUUUUGGAAUCCAGCGUUUGCUGACGCUCCUCAUGUGCUCUCUACAGUGCGUAGCGCCAUGGUGGCUGCUGAAGCAGCAGCUGCCUUCGGCUCUCUGAACGAAACCGCAGAAACUUCUUCUUCUUGCAAUGCAGCUGCUACAGGGGACUUGAAACAUAUCAACAACACGGGGACAAAUUCACGUGAUACAACAGGAGAGGGUGCUGCCGCUGCAGCAAUCGACAAGAACGCGGUUGCAGCUGAAAAAGAUAAUAACGGCAACAAUUCGGGUGAUAAUAGAACGUCUCGAUGCUCGGAAGCAAAACCACAACCCUCGUUUCUUCUCAUGGAAGAAUCCCCUUCACAGAAAGCCCCCUUGACACUCGCCCACCUCCAUAGGUUGAGCACAACUCGCACGCAUUGGAGUCUGUACACGGAUUCACAGGCGUUUCUCCCUCCACCCAAGCCCAUGGGAGGUAGCCGCGUGUUUAGCCAUGGGCUCCGAGGCGAAUUGGAUAUACACUACGAGUGCGUUGCCGAGGCGAAAGACGAAACGCGCCUGAGGCUUCUCAUCGGAGGAGCUUCGCUGCUGGCUCUUGCGCUGCCGGCCGCUGGCCUUAAAAGGUGGAAUUUGGAACGCCAGGCACCGCUGCGGCGGCUUCAGCAGUGCGAUUGCUACAUCAUCACUCUAGCCAACCCAUUGCCCCCCGUCAUGACGAAACUUGAAUUCUUCUUUCAUGGGCACAUACCGGUCCGUUUCACAACGCGUUCGGGUUUAUUCGACGUAACGGCACCAAACACAGCCUGCGCAGAAACGCCAUUGUUCAGGGCUGUUCAGCACUUCCCCGCUCCUCCUCCUCGUGCCCAGGCAGAAGAUGAUCGGGCUUCGCACUUGAAAGCUGCGCCAGAAGGGGGUAAGGCCGACGGCGGUACCCUGUAUCUUGACAAAGCGUCUGAGUCUGGGAACCCCGCUCAGAGUCCCCUCGAUACUUUUUGGGAGAGGCUACUCAAUGCGCUGCCGCCGCAUAUAGCUGCGGCCGGCAGUUAUGCCGAUGCAGCGGAGUGGGAUUUGCCGCCUGCACCGUUUUCCGCGAAGUUUGCCUUCGACUGA